ACCCUCGAUCUCCAACCGGUUCACCACUCACCACUCAACAGCCCUCCCCUCUCAUCAUCUCCUCCCCCCGCACCUGCACAGCCUCUCCCGCCGCGCGCCGCCUCCGCGCGCCAUCCAGACGCCAGUGCGCGUCGCGGUCCGCUGCCCGCGCUGGUGUUACACACGUGUAACAAUACAUUACAUGGCGCUAGUACAGUUCAAUGGUGCCUUGCUUCCCCAACUCGGUGAAAAACCUCGGCCGCUAUCCUCGCCGCCUGCAGUUGCAAGGGCUACCUAUGCCGAUGCAAGGUUCCUGGCACCGAAAACCAGUUCAAGAGGUAGAGGUAAACACCUGCUAUCACCUAGUUAUAGUUUGCAUUCACAGACCUCUUCUGAACAAAUAAACCAUGUACCGUCGUCAAGAUCUCGCCAGAAAAGGGGCUCAAGUUUUGUCGUCAGAGCUGAAGCUGAUUUCUAUAACGUACUUGGUGUCUCAAGAAAUGCUAGUAAAUCUGAAAUCAAGAGCGCCUAUCGGAAGCUUGCUAGGAGCUAUCAUCCAGAUGUAAACAAAGAUCCUGGUGCUGAACAAAAGUUCAAGGAAAUCAGCAAUGCUUAUGAGGUUUUGUCUGAUGAUGAGAAGCGAUCAAUCUAUGAUAAAUAUGGAGAAGCAGGUCUGAAAGGUGCUGGCAUGGGCACAGGAGAUUACUCAAACCCGUUUGAUCUAUUCGAGUCCCUGUUUGAAGGAUUCGGUGGGAUGGGUGGAAUGGGUGGCGGUCGUGCUGCCCGUAACAGACCAAUGCAAGGUGAUGAUGAGAGCUACAAUCUGGUACUCAAUUUCAAGGAUGCGGUGUUUGGUGUGGAGAAAGAGAUUGAGAUAACCAGAUUGGAAGGCUGUAACACCUGCGAUGGAAGUGGUGCUAAGCCAGGUACAAAGGCAACGACAUGUAAAACUUGUGGAGGCCAGGGCCAGGUGGUCUCCUCCACAAGAACACCACUCGGAAUAUUCCAGCAAGUCUCCACCUGCAAUACCUGUGGUGGCACCGGCGAAUUCUCCACGCCUUGCAACACCUGUUCGGGCGAUGGCCGAGUGCGAAGGACAAAGAGGAUCAGUCUAAAGGUUCCUGCCGGAGUGGAUUCUGGAAGCAGGCUGAGGGUUCGGUCUGAGGGUAAUGCUGGCCGGAGAGGAGGCCCUCCUGGGGACCUUUAUGUCUUCAUUGACGUUCUCUCUGAUCCUGUUCUUAAGCGAGAUGGGACAAACAUUCUCUACACGUGCAAGGUUUCUUACAUCGACGCAAUCCUUGGGACAACCGUCAAAGUCCCCACUGUCGAUGGAAUGGUUGACCUCAAGAUACCUUCAGGGACUCAGCCAGGCACAACUCUGGUGAUGGCCAAGAAAGGUGUUCCGCUUCUUGGGAAGUCGAAUGCUCGCGGAGACCAGCUUGUGCGCGUACAGGUUGAGAUCCCGAAACGGCUGAGCAGCGACGAGAAGAAGCUAGUUGAGGAGCUUGCAAACCUGAACAAGGCUCAGACAGCCAAUAGCAGGAGUUGAUUUAUUGAGCAAAUCUUUUUAGGACACCAUGCUUGUGGUCACAGGCAAUUUUGAUGCAAAUUGCAGUGAUGAAAAGAGUUGGUAGUGGUUCAACACUUCUACGAACUAAAGAGGUACACUGGAGCGAAGCGUGUCAUGCUCAUGCCAUAUCUGUGGCCUCGUUUCUAAGCUAUUGGAAACCAAGUCGGUGACCACUGGACGUCUUGCAAUAGCUUAACAUAUACGACUUUAUUAGCCAUUUUUUGUUACACGGCUUUUUGUAUUCUUGAGAGCCUUAGGCAAAAUCUCUGGUAGUGGAAUCAGGCUUAGACUUUUACAUUUCUUGCAGAAAUGCUGCACCAUUGAUGGAAUAUGUAAGCUGCACCAUGGAAAUGUGACUGCAGUUUUAUGGUUUGUGAUGCGUCGGGGGUUUAUUGUUUUGCUCUUCAAGUUCGUUAUCUAAACAAUACAUUUAUUUGCCCCUGGCAGGGGCAGCUGUUGAUUUGAAGCUGCCUCUGCGCAGAGCAGGUGCAUUUUUGUGGUC